AUGGUUGGGGACACCGUAGAGGAGGGGUCCGUAGGGCGGUCGUGGUCGCUGGCGCGGCUCCACGCGCGGAGGGACUUCUUGCGCGUGACGGCGUUGGUCACCGAGCGUGCGUUCCAGUCGCUGGAUGCGCUCCUGGUCUUGGAGAGGGUGCUCGCCAAGUUCCUCAUCAUGUAUCCUAACUACGCGUCCGCCUCAGAUGUGGACCGCCUCCGCGCCGAUGAGUACCUGCACUUGGACAAGGUUACUGAAGAAAACCUCGCAGCACUAUUUAUAAAUUGCGGACAGGUUGUGGACUGUCGCAUGUGUGGGGACCCAAAUUCAGUCCUUAGGUUUGCUUUCAUAGAGUUCACUGAUGAUGAGGGUGCAAGGGCUGCUCUGAAUCUGUCAGGAAACAUGCUUGGAUAUUAUCCUGUCAAUGUUCUACCGUCAAAAACUGCCAUUGCACCAGUCAAUGAAACAUUCCUACCCAGGUCUGACGAUGAACGUGAAAUGUGUGCAAGGACUAUCUACUGCACAAACAUUGACAAGAUGGUCGCUCAAGCAGAUCUAAAGUUAUUCUUUGAGUCUAUAUGUGGUGAGGUAUUUCGGCUGAGGUUGCUUGGCGACUACCAUCAUUCUACCCGCAUCGCUUUUGUGGAAUUCGUGAUGGCAGAAAGUGCUACUGCCGCUCUCAACUCUAGCGGUGUGGUACUGGGAUCCUUGCCAAUAAGGGUGAACCCGUCCAAGACGCCCGUGCGUCCCCGCGACCCUCGCCAGCUGAUGUCAUCCUAG